AUGGUGAAGACAAUAAUUCGUGGAGCAAUUGGCGUUUCGACGAGUUGCCUGAUUCUGGCGGUGUUUUGUGUGAUUUCGAUGGUUUUGGAGAUUCGAGAGUUCCAGGAGAGAAUUCAGGAGGAUUUGGGAGAAUGGAAGGUGAGGUUUUGGGAAAUUUUAAGGCUGAGCUCUAAUUUCUACUGAAAUUUUUAAUUUCGGUCGGAAAAAGCUCGAAAUUUGAGGAAUUCUAAAUGAGAAAAGAGAAUUUUCAGCUCAAGCUAACCUAAAAGCUGAAAAUUUCUCAAUUUUAAUUUUUUUUGAAGCUGAAAUUGAAGCUUUAGCAAGAAUUGAAUUAUUUUGGUCUAAAAAUCUUGGAAUUUCUGAAAAAUUUAAACAAAUUGUUUAAUUUUGGCUCAAAAUUACAGGUACCUGAAUUUUCAGCUCGAAGAAAUUUCUGAUUUCGGCUGAAAAUUUGAAAAACGAGAAUUUAAGGCUCAAAAUGUGUAGAAAUUUCAUUUUUCGCUGAAUUUUCUCGAAAAUUGGGAAAUUUCAAAGCUGAGCUCUAAUUUCUACUGAAAUUUUCAAUUUCGAUUGGAAAAAGCUUGAAAUUUGAGAAUUUCUCGAUGAGAAACGAAAAAGAAUUAUUUUCAUCCAAAAAUCUGGAAAUUUCUGAAACAAAAACGUUGAAAUGUUUUAUUUUGGCUAAAAAUUUGAGAAUUUCAAGCUUAAGCUGAAUUUUAGUUGAAAAUACAGCUGAAAAUGGUUUUUUUUUCUGAAAAAGUUAAAAUGGUACGAAUUUUUAGUUUCGACUAAAAAUUGUUGAAAACUUGAGAGCAUCGAAUUUUCGGCUCAAAAUGUGUAGAUUUUGAGUCGUAAUUGAAUCCCCCAAAUUUUCAGCCAAUGUUUUCCGGCUGUAAAUCGUGACAAUUCUGAAAUCACAGUUUCUGUUGUAAACUAAUCAAUCAUCCCGAAAAAUACUAGUUUCUCAAAGAAAAAAAUGAGACACAAUUUCGUAAUAAUUGCAAAUUUUUUAAAUUUCCGGAUGUUUUUUGAUCAGAAAAGUGUGAUUUUUAUGUUUUUAGGUCACAAAUUCUAAAAUUUUACACAAAAAUUAUCAAAAUAAAAUAUUUUCCAGUUCUACUCGACGGAUUCUUGGAACACUAUGACGUCAUCACGCGACAAAAUCUUCACCAAUUCCGAAUCCACCAUCCGAAUUCGUCGUCAAUACUACCAAACAGCUGCGGUUUCAGGAGGCGGUGCACAAAUCGAAGAGCCCACUUGUCAAUGUGCACAGCAAUCCACCGGAUGUCCAGCUGGUCCGGCAGGCCCUCCAGGUGCUGCAGGUCAACCGGGCCAGCCUGGAUUACCUGGCGAAGCGGGAAAGCCUGGAGCUGUUGGAGUUAACGAGCCACACCCGGCGAUGGAGAAUGGUUGUAUUCAAUGUCCCGCUGGCCCGCCGGGCUCUCCUGGAAAUGAUGGGCCUGAAGGCCCGAGUGGCCUUGAUGGAUCUCCUGGACUUCCGGGAGCUGGCGCACCUCCAGGGCCUGCAGGUCCGCCAGGGGAAUUCGGGACUUCCCGGGCCUGAUGGUAUUCCGGGAGCUCCGGGAAGCGAUGGAAAUCCAGGGCAAGAUGGACAACGGAAGAUCAACACACCUGGGCCUAUCGGACUUCCUGGAUCGCUUGGAGCACCAGGGCCCGCAGGCACUCCCGGACAAUCUUCGCAAGGCCCACAGGGGCCACCAGGCCCCAUGGGAACUCCAGGACGGCCUGGAGCUCUAGGAAUGCCUGGGCCCAUGGGAGGUGCUGGACAAGAUGGCCUACCUGGAAAUGACGGAGAAUACUGCAAAUGCCCGCUGCGAACGACGAGUUUGGCGGUGGUUGGAGGUGGUGGAAGUUAUUCGGAAGGAUCUAGUUAUUCGGGAGAUACUGGAAUCGGAUUUGUGAGACGGAAAACGAGCAAAUUUAUGGGGAGAAGAAAGAGCAAGAAAAGAGUGUGGAGAGGUGUGAAAAAACAUUGAGCAAGAUAAUUAAUAAAGUGCUUUUUUGGUGUGUACGUGGAAAUCUAGAGUCCAACAUCAGAGUUUUCAGGAAAUUUGUUGUUUUCACAUAAAUUUGUGAUUUCAUAAGGCUGAGCUCAAAUUUUGCCACGUCAUAACUCAUUUUGGGAUUAUUUUUUCACUUUUGCACAAUUCAAUUACUCGUAUUUGCAUGUCAGCUGUUUAUCAAAAUAGAAAACAUCUGACGAGAUAGUGUUUUGUUUAGAAGAGACGCAGAAUUCGGGAUGAUGCUAAAGUUCGUAAUUGAUACUUUUGAAUUGUAAAAUCUUCAGAUAAUUUUUCUGAAAUUUUCAAAUUCUUCUCGAAAUUUGGAGCAUUUUGGGCUACAGUAUGAACAAUUUCACAAAGCUUUCUGAGCUGAAUUUCAGAAAUUUUCAAUUUUUGAAGAUAGGCAGGCUUAUGAGGAAUCUUUGAAACCCAAAUGUGAAGCCUUUUCUGAAAUUUACAGGUUCUUCUUGAAAUUUAGAGCAUUGUGGAGAAUUUCACGGGCUUUCAGAUUAUCAACUCAACUCUUCCGGAUGACUGAAAAUGAUGAAAUUGGCGUCGAAAAUGCUACGUGCAGUUUUCAAUGUUCAUUGCUUUGCACUUUUCCGCAAAAACAUUGGAUGCAAAAAUUAAUCAAAACAAAGUUGUUUUUUUCAGUUUACUGUAGGCUAUCAGAGGGCGGGAUCAGGCCACCCUUUAUUUGUCCUUCCCGGCUCUUAUAUUUUUUGUUUUGUUUUCAAAUUGCGACUAUUUUUUUCAUCAGGCUGGUAGUAUCAAAAAGAAAGACAACUUAAAAAAAACAACUGGUUCCUCUCUCUCUUAUCUAUUUUUUUUGUUAUUUUUUGGCUGAAAUUGUUAUGUUUAUUGUAAAAAUUUUACAGUUUUGGUUGAAAAUUGCAGAAAAAAUGUCGGACUAUCAAUCGGCAAGCAACCAUUUGGAGCAGCGAUUUGCACACGUGGCAAUUGUUCGGAACUCUGCUCACCGUCAGACACGCAGGUGAGUCGGGGUCCGAGAAAUCUGGGUUUUUCAGGCCGCAGGAUUGUGGGUACUUGUUUUUUACAGCAUGACACAGUGGCCCGAAAAUCUCCAUCAUGCGGGAGUCAACGAUAUUGUUCAUGGAUCAAUCGAAAUCCCACGGCCUAUCAAUUCAUUGAUCGAUACGGAGGAAUUUCAGCGACUACGGGAUUUGAAGCAGACGGGAAUUGUGAAUCGGGUUUAUCCGAGUUGUACACAUACAAGAUUUGAGCAUUCGUUAGGGUGAGUAAUUUUUCAGUCAGCCCGCGAAAAAAUAAAUUUGAACUUGCUCGAAGAGACGCAGACAGUGAGAGAGCGCGCUGGCAAACAGCCAACGGGCGUUUUGUAUGGGGAAAGCGACCGCAACGCACACGCAUCGCGGCUAUAGGGGGAAAUAACAGACAGUGACUUUGGACGUUUUUUUUCUGCUUUGGACACCACUUAAUAUUCCAGGUCCUAUCACCUCGCAAAAAAUCUGCUAGAUCGGAUGCGCAGCCGCGAACCGCAUCUCAACAUCACAUCUGAAGAUCAUCUUUGCGUGUGCAUCGCCGCACUUUUACACGACAUUGGUCAUGGUCCGCAUUCACAUCUUUUCGACGGAGAAUUCGCCGCGAAAUUGGGAAAAUCGUGGAAACACGAAGAUAUGUCGAUGAGAAUUGUGGAACGAUUAAUGAUUGAAAAUGAGAAAGUUCGAAGGGAAAUGGAGAAGUUUUUAUCGACAGGACAAGAAUAUCGGAAAAAUGUGAACUUUAUCAAAGAAAUGAUUGGAUCCAAAAGAUUUGUGAGUUUGGGUGAAGUUGGACAUCGACUUCCCCUUUUAAAAGGGAAAUUUCCCGCCAAAAGUUCAUAUUUAAUUUUUAAGACACAAGACAUUGAAAAUGAGCAAGUACCAGCCGAUUGGGAUAUGCGAAAACGAGAAGAAGAAUUCGCAAAAUUGUGGGAUAUGAAAGGAAGAGGUGUCGAAAAAUCGUUUUUAUACGAUAUUGUCUCAAACACGACAACUGGACACGAUGUCGAUAAAAUGGAUUAUUUGUUGAGAGACUCGAAAUUGUCAGGUGUUGCGAUUGCAUUAAAUUUGGAAUCGAUUAAUCGAUUAUUGAAUAAUUUACGAGUUGUGAUAGAUGAAAAAACGGGAAUUCGAAGAAUUGGGUAUUAUCAUAAGGUUCGAAAUGAUAUUAAAGUUAUUGGUGAUUCGAGAUUGGAAUUGCAUGAUAAAGUUUAUCAACAUAAAGCCGUUAAAGGAAUGGGGUUGUUGUGAGUUCGAUUUACAUAGGAAUUUUAAAAAUGAACCCCGAAAAUCUUAUUUGCAGACUAAUUGAAGCGAUGUACUUGGCGUCACCUUAUUUGAACUACAAAGGUUCACACAAUCGAAUGUUCAAGUUACACGAAGUCACCGAAGAUGUUGAAGCGUUUCUUAAAACCUCGGACACAGUCAUUGAUGAGAUCAAAAAACUAGAUGCCACAAAUUGCAAGCCAAUUCAAAAAGCGCAAUAUUUAUUGAAAUGUAUGGAUGAACGAGCAACUUAUAAGAAAAUGGGAUUCGUCGAAUUGUCGCCAAUGAAAAUCGUCGAAUCUAAUGAUUUGACCAAGGAAAAAACGGACAUAAUCAGCAGAGUCGAAUUAUUGAUUAAUCAAAAAUUACAAAAUGAAUUUGUUGGCAAAUUUCGGGUUUUGAUUCGAGAUUUGGGACGAGGAAUUGGUGGCGAUGUACAUCCGAUUGAACGAGAAGUUUUUUAUAGGUAAGUAGAUUUGGUACAUUCUUCAGACAAGUUAGAUAAAACCUCCCGAUUUUCCAGUGACAAAGAAGAAUCAGCGGGAAACGAGAUUCCUAUCGGUUUUCGAAUGGAAUCCGAUUAUGUGGAUUUGAAUUGUAGUCAAACUGUCACCAAAUGGGAACUAUUUGUGAUGGGCGAAAGAAGCAUUGCUCAUAUUGACAGGAAACGAAUCGAUUUGGCGUUGAGAGAGGCGGCUGGUGAAUUGCAAUUAGUUCCAAUUAUGUCAAGAAAAAGGAAUCAUAGUAUUGAUGAUGUGAGUUGAUUAAAGAUACAAUAACUUCUAGAAAUUCAAUUUCAGAAUCGAAAUAUUGCUCGACGUCGUCUUAACUCAACCACAGUACUUUCAUAA